AUGCUUAAUGUGGCAGAUUCUGAAUUCGGGACCAAAAUUUACUGUGACCGGCCGACGGAAAAGCAUUAUCCAGUGCAUAACCUGUUGAAAUCUAAUGGAUGUGGAUUCCUGUGUCCUCCGGUGAUUGCACCACCAGUGAAUAUCCUAUUUUGCUUCCGCGAAGCUGUUGAUUUGCAUCUUAUUGUUGUCAAGCCAUACGUCCGAAGACACCGCGUGGGUAGCUUCUCGAUUUUCGCACGUCGGAAAACAGUUAAGAGGAAAUGGGGUGCUUGUACAGAACACGACAACCCAUUUGAGUCGAUGCGUCACUUUGGGUUAGCUACGCCCUUGGUAUCCGUCGCACUAGAUAAACAGCCAGCGGAAACGGUCGUAGCAGUGCGUCUGAAAGAUACUCAGACGGUGCCCAUUGGGUCAAUGCUAAAUACCGCGCCCAAUGUGUAUGCAGUGCAAGCUACGGGAGCUUCCUCGAUGGAACGGCAAAAAGUGUGCAGUGUGCUGCUGCGUAUCAACAGGAUGGCACACACAAGUUUUUCGUUAUGUCUGGGAGAGGUGGAGCUGUGGUGUUCUACCCCACUGGAAUCAGGAUGCACACCUGUACUGCCCAUGAUACCCGAUCCUGUUUCUCAACAAACCCCAGAUAGAGCCCUGGAUGAUGAAAGUUUCCAAAUUCCGGAGGACUUCCUGGAUCCAAUAACCGGUGACCUGAUGAAUAACCCUGUCCGGUUACCUUCCGGAGUCAGAGUUGACAGAACUACACUUGUGCGGUUUCAAACAGAACGGUUGGACAUACAGCCCGGUGCAGAUCCAAGACCAAUAGAUCCAUUCACGAUGAUCCCGUUCGAUGGAGACGAAGUUCAAAGCGAUGUGGAACUGAAGAUGGCUAUCUCAGAGCAUUUAGUUAGAUGCAAGCGAUUAAAGGACCUUUGUGCCAGGCUAGACAAUCAUUCCUGUUUCUUCAUUAAGCCCACCAUAUCUACUGUACCUCAGAUAAAUAUACCUUCUGACUCUGAACCCGAUGUAUAGAAUAUUUCGGUAAAUGUACAAAAGUAAUAAAAGUAUGCAGGGACCCGUGUGCGUACUCCAAUAAAAUCACUGUCGUUCGUAAACAGUGAUCGCGGGAGUUAAUUGAGUGGUCACCAGUUCCCAUAUCUUCCAUGAACGUUUAAUAACAAUACCAUUGAAGCUGUGGAUUGUAAAAAGUGGACUGAACAGUGAUGAUUCCAGUCGCAUUUGUUCCGGUUUGAUUUCCGAUAUGAGGUGUGUAAACUGGCCUAGUUCCAAUAGUCGAAGAUCAUUUUCG